AAAAUAAUUGAACACCCGAUAAUUAAUACAUUAAAAUCAAAUUUAAAUAUUUUUGAUGAAUAUGCUAUUGAAAAUUUUCAUAGUUUGUUACAGCGUUAUACUACUUCAAAAGUAAUAUUUCAAUAUGAUUAUCCUUAUACUAAGAAAGAUUUGAAUAAUUUGGUUAAACUAUCUGCUAUUUGUUUAAUAGAUUUUUUUAAUAAUUUGCAGCAAAAUCCUGACAAGACAGAAUUGAAGAAAGAGGGGAAAAAAAUAAAAAAGGACUAUUAUUAUUUUUCAGAUAUUCAAUCUGAAUUUUCUUUUAAGGCUUUGCCACUAAGAUAUCAUUCACGUUAUUAUUUUAAAAUGAAUAGUUUAUAUGAUUAUUUAGAAUGCUCAGAUUUAUUAGAGAACAAAGGUCUUGUGCUACGUUGUGAGCAUGGUUAUCAUAAUAGAUGCUUUCAAAUUUUAGGAUAUUACUGUCAUUAUUGUUUUGAGUAUCUUUCUAAUUCUAUAGAGGAAUUGUUGCAUUUAUAUAAUGAAAGAAUACGAAUGAAUGAAAGCAGUAAUGACUGGGAAAAUUCAAAAGAUCAAUCUAAAAAACUUGAAUUUGAUGAAUCAGAAAAUAUUGAGCCUGUAAAAGCAUGUGUGGAUAUUGAUGAAAAAUUAAAAAAAAAAUUGCAG